CGACAGACAAGGUUGCAGGAAAGCUGAGCUCCACUCUCUCAUGGGUGAAGAACACGGUCUCGCACACCGUCAGUCAGAUGGCCAGUCAGGUGGCGAGUCCAUCUGCCUCCUUACACACGACGUCCUCCUCCACCGCGCUGUCCACGCCCGCGCUGUCGCCGUCCUCGCCGGCCCAGCUGAGUCCAGACGAUUUAGAAUUGCUCGCUAAGCUUGAGGAGCAGAACAGACUCUUGGAAACAGAUAGCAAAUCCUUGCGAUCAGUAAAUGGGUCAAGAAGAAAUAGUGGAUCUUCUCUUGUGUCUAGUUCAUCAGCUUCUAGCAAUCUCAGCCAUCUUGAAGAAGACUCAUGGAUACUGUGGGGGAGGAUUGUGAAUGAAUGGGAAGAUGUACGGAAAAAGAAAGAAAAGCAAGUUAAGGAGCUUGUUCGCAAAGGGAUACCUCAUCAUUUCAGAGCAAUUGUUUGGCAGCUGCUAUGCAGUGCUCAAAGCAUGCCAAUUAAGGAUCAGUAUUCAGAGCUUUUGAAAAUGACAUCUCCUUGUGAGAAGUUAAUAAGAAGGGACAUUGCUAGAACAUACCCUGAACAUGACUUUUUUAAAGAAAAAGACAGCCUUGGACAGGAGGUCUUGUUCAAUGUGAUGAAGGCUUAUUCUUUGGUGGAUCGUGAGGUUGGAUACUGCCAAGGAAGUGCUUUUAUAGUGGGAUUACUGCUUAUGCAGAUGCCAGAAGAAGAGGCUUUCUGUGUGUUUGUUAAAUUAAUGCAAGAUUACAGACUACGAGAACUCUUUAAACCAAGCAUGGCUGAACUGGGCCUUUGUAUGUACCAGUUUGAAUGCAUGAUACAGGAGCAUCUUCCGGAGCUUUAUGUGCACUUUCAGUCUCAGAGUUUCCACACUUCUAUGUAUGCAUCAUCAUGGUUUUUAACUAUAUUCCUUACAACUUUUCCACUACCAAUUGCAACAAGAAUAUUUGAUAUAUUUAUGUCUGAGGGUUUAGAGAUAGUAUUUCGAGUAGGUUUAGCGGUACUUCAGAUGAACCAAGCAGAACUGCUGCAACUUGACAUGGAAGGAAUGUUACAGCACUUUCAAAAGGUCAUUCCACAUCAGUUUGACAGUGGUCCAGACAAAUUAAUCCAAGCAUCUUACCAAGUCAAAUACAAUGCAAAAAAGAUGAAAAAGUUAGAAAAGGAAUACACUACAAUAAAGACAAAAGAAAUGGAAGAACAAGUUGAAAUUAAAAGGUUACGAACUGAGAACAGGCUCCUAAAACAGCGAAUUGAAACACUAGAAAAAGAAAGUGCUUCCUUGGCAGAUAGAUUGAUACAGGGACAAGUGACAAGGGCCCAGGAGGCUGAGGAAAACUACCUCAUAAAACGGGAGCUGGCCACCAUCAAACAGCAGAGUGAUGAGGCCAUUACUAAACUGGAGCAAGCUGAGAAUACCAUCAGGGAGCUCCAACAGCAGCAGCAAUGGCAUAAAUGCAGUUCACGAUACAGUGAAGACUUUGUGCUACAGCUGGAAAAAGAGCUGGUCCAAGCCAGGCUGAGUGAAGCAGAAUCCCAUUGUGCCCUGAAGGAGAUGCAAGAUAAAGUUCUAGAGAUGGAAAAGAGGAACAGCUCUCUCCCUGAUGAGGAAAAUGUUGCUAGACUACAAGAAGAACUGAUUGCAGUAAAAUUAAGAGAAGCAGAAGCACUGAUGGGUCUCAAAGAACUAAGGCAGCAAGUCAAAGAUUUGGAGGAACACUGGCAGCGUCAUCUAGCUCGUACCACGGGAAGAUGGAAAGAUCCUCCCAGGAAAAACACAGUGAAUGAGCUACAGGAUGAGCUGAUGACAGUCCGGUUGAGAGAAGCGGAAACUCAGGCUGAGCUGAAAGAGACCAAACAAAGAAUGAUGGAGAUGGAAACACAGAAUCAGAUCAAUAGUAACCACUUACGGAGGGCAGAGCAAGAGGUUACCAACCUACAGGGGAAGGUGCAGUAUCUUUCUGCACAGAACAAAGGACUUCUUGCUCAGUUGAAUGAAGCAAAACGUAGACAAGCAGAGAUAGAAUGCAAGAGUAAAGAAGAAGUGAUGGCAGUACGGCUCCGUGAGGCAGACCGCAUCGCAGCUGUGGCUGAACUUCAACAGCAUAUUGCUGAAUUAGAAAUCCAGAAAGAAGAAGGGAAAAUUCAAGGGCAGCUGAAUAAAUCUGAUUCUAACCAGUACAUCAGAGAACUGAAAGAUCAGAUAGCUGAGCUGCAUCAUGAGAUCAAAUGUCUAAAAGGCCAGAGAGACUUCUCAGACCAACCCACUUUUGAUGGGAUUCACAUUGUCAGCCAUUUCACAGGAGAUGAUGAAUCAUUUCAUUCUUCUGAUGAAGAUUUUAUAACUAACUCCAUACAGGAGAGUGGGGUGAACUUUCAUCUGCACAGGAGGACUGGUCAGAUAGCUUUGGGUCACACAGUUAUAGAUAGCAGUGACAGUGAUACUGAGGAAAGUGCCCUUCAGAGUGGGAAUCCAGACAAGAUGGUUUCCAAGCAGAGAAGAAUGGAAUCUUACUCUACUACCGUGUGA